UGGGAAUGGGAAGGAGUGUCAGAAAAUCGGAGGCUUAAUUGUGAGUCCUCGGGUUUUAAGGAGAGAGGAAAGUCCUGAGAGGGUGAAGUAUCGUUCCUUUUCAUGUCUCGCCGUUGCCCAGAGGGGCAAACGGGUGACAGCCCAGGGAGCUACCGCAACGAAGAUAGCCUGAUCACCGCCAUUUUCUCCGUUCCCGCAAAAGACUACCAGGACCAGAAUGCAACGGUGCGCCAAGCCAAUGGGUCGCAACGCGCCGCACGAGUGCAGGGAGAUCCAACUCCCAGGGAGCAGCGGGCGGAAGACUACGAGGCCCAUCUGGCCAGCCGCGGGCCUCCGUCUCCCAUCACUGGCCUAGCUCUGGAAACGGGCCCGCGCCCAGGAUCCUCCGCGUGCAUCAUGGCCGCGCCGGGAGCGGAAGCUGAGCCGGGGGAAUGCUAGGGCCGUACGCCUCCUCGGCCUUUCGUCAGCACCGUACCGGUUGAAGAAGGAAACUCACGGUCCUACCCAACAAAUGCGUGUUGCCUUUUCUCGCCGUAGCCAUGGGGGCGUACUGACAGAGCCUUUAAUCUGAUAGGCAACUCCAGCAUUUCGCAGCCCUGAGUUGGAACCUCUCGAAGGACUGCCGUGUAAGCGCGGACUCAGCGUUCCGACCGAGGCACGAGGACAGUCAGGCAGGUCCCUCUGUCCCAACAGGUGCGACACAGCACUCCAUGCCAGCGGGCGCGGGGAGGCGUGGCCUCCCCCAGGGCCACCACCUCUGCUGGUUGCUCUGCGCUUUCACUUUAAGGCUCUGCCAAGCAGAAGCUCCCGUGCGGGAAGAGAAGCUGUCAGUGAGCACCUCAAAUUUGCCGUGCUGGCUGGUGGAAGAGUUUGUGGUGGCCGAAGAGUGUGCUCCAUGUUCUAAUUUCCAGACUAAAACCACCCCUGAGUGUGGUUCCACAGGAUACGUGGAGAAAAUAACAUGCAGCUCAUCUAAGAGGAGUGAGUUCAAAAGCUGCCGCUCAGCACUAAUGGAACAACGCUUAUUCUGGAAAUUUGAAGGGGCUGUCAUAGGUCUGGCCUUGGUUUUUGCUUGCCUUGUCAUCGUUCGUCAGCGACAACUGGACAGAAAGGCUCUGGAAAAGGUCCGGAAGCAAAUUGAGUCCAUAUAGCUACUUUCUCUCCUUUCAUCCAGGUCUUAGAAAGAAACCCUGCCUCAGACAGACGGUAGAAUAAACUGACUUGUGCCCCUGGUUCUCUGGAACCUUGUGGUAGCACCCCCUUUCUCUCAUCUUCCCCAUCUAAAUAAUUAAUGAGCAGAAUAAAAAGAGUAAAAUCA